CUUUUCGGUACAAGUAUGUCGCAUGGUGUCGAGGCUACGCAAAUAAUUGGCGUGUACGAUGUAUUUCAUUUGCAAAAUAAUAACUGUUGCACCAAAAUAAUGGGAAAGAAAUGUUGUAGCGUUCGAAUGAACACUGUGCUGGGUAAAUGAAACCAAUAUUUACAUUUUCAGUGCUUUGUUUGAACUCGUCUGGCCACAAUGGCCUACAGUCACCCGGUCAUACCCGGGCCUCCUGUCGCCUCUCUCGCCGUCCCAAUAGUUAUGUUGCGUUUGUUACGUGCGGUGUAUUGCAGUGUUUCUGUGCCUCUGACGUUAAGCGCUUCAUUACGGUGUGUGUGUGCAAUCUGUUUGACGCGACCAUGGAGAAAAAGAAAAACUUCUCUGAAGAAGAACGCGCCGUGUUGCUGGAACUGCUCUCACGCCACCGCAGCGUCGUGGAAAACAAGAGGACUGACGCGGCGUCCGUGAGUCGGAAACGACAGGCCUGGGAAAAAAUCGAGGACGAAUUUAACUGCCGCCACAACGUGACGCCGCGCAAAUGGAUCCAACUGAAAAAAUGCUGGGAGAACUUGAAAGACAAGUGGAGAAGAACAAACGCUGAAGACAUGCGGGAGCGGUUUGCUACAGGUGGCGGAACACCACCACCAAGCCAGAUGACCGACGAGCUGCAGCGCGUUGGAGACAUCGCGUCACACAUGGCUGUUCGGCUGCCCAAUCCCUGUGACAGUGACCGCAGCCGGCAUAAUGCUGUGCCAGGGGGAUCGCAGCCUUCCAAAUCGCAGUGCACACCUGCUGUCGCUGCACUGCUGUCAGAGACUCAAGACAGGCCUCUGGAACAGUUCGCUGGUUGUCAAGACAUGUACGACGAAUCAACAGACCUCUGGUCAUGGGACGACAACAGUAGCCCGAUGGAAGAUGCUUCAACAAAUACUGCACGCCCCCAUGGCCAAGUACAAGACACUUCAGACAGCCAACCACGCAAUGGCGGUGGUGCAAAACCAUCAGAGGCUGCAGCUGUACCAUCUGCAGCAAGUUCCAGUGCCGCUGCAGCGGCAAGUUCUAGCGCCGCUGUGCCAGCUGGCACGAAACGCGCUUCAACCUGCAGCAGCCAGAGGCAAACGGCGGUCUCAAUUGAAUUGGGUGCCCGCCUAGAUGCCAUCAAAGAGGACCGUGAUCAAAAGAAAAACGAGCAUUUAUUGAGGCUGAAAUUCAUGCGCAUCGAACACAAGCAGAAGAAAGCACAGCAUAGUGAAAAACUGGAGCUGUUUCGAUUAAAAAUAGCCAAUCAGAAAGCAAAGGCAGAAAUGGUUAAACUCCAACUCGACAUAAUGAAAAAACAGUACGAAUAA